CAGAAGGAGCAUCCAGCUGUGGGAAGAGAUGUGCCAGAUGUUCCUGCUAGCCCUGCUGCUCUUCCAUGCUUGCCCAUGGGCUGGUGCCAGUGCUCUGAGGGGUCAGAUCGUGGGGGGCCACGAGGCUCAGCCCCAUUCCCGUCCUUACAUGGCAUACUUGAAGCUUGAGUCAUCAGGCUGUGGAGGCUUCCUGGUGGCUCCUGACUGGGUGAUGACAGCAGCACACUGCAAAGGGAACAUCACAAUCAUCCUGGGGGCUCACAACAUCUACAGACCAGAAACAACCCAGCAGGUCCGAGGAGUCCUCCAGUACCACCCCCACCCUGGCUACAACCCCACCACGGUUGCUAACGACAUCAUGCUGCUCAAGAUGACAGCAAAGGCCACUCUCAAUGAGUAUGUCAAGACCAUUCCCCUACCCAAGACGGGCAGCGACCUCCCGACGGGCACCCGGUGCAGCAUCUCUGGCUGGGGCCUCAUUGAUGGGAAUGAGGUGACCAGCAAACUCUUUGAAAGCAAAGUGGCCAUCUACAGCCGCAGGAAAUGCAGCCUCUUCUACCCCCAUCUCAGCACUGGCAUGGUGUGUGCUGGCAGCUUCCACCAGCUCACCGACUCCAGCCAGGGGGACUCAGGUGGGCCCCUGGUCUGCAAGAACAUGGCCCACGGCAUCGUUUCCUUCGGGUACCCGCAGCCGCCCAGCGUCUACACCCGCAUCGCCAGCUACCUGCCCUGGAUCAGGAGAGUCAUGAAGAAGUAGCAGCAGCAGCACUCACUCCAGCACUGGAGUGGCCCUGAGGCAGCACUGCUUUUCCUUCCUGCCCCUCAUAAAGCCUUGAGUCCCUCCUCUCACCUUGGGAACCUGAUCAGUGCAUGCAAAAGGGUCCUUUCUGUUCCGAGGCUGCUGUUCCCCACCCGGCUCAGGGCCACGUUAAAUCACCCUGGCAGGAGCAGGAAUCACCCCAGAGAGAGGUUGUGCUACAAAAGAUCCUGUUUCCUUCAGAGAUAACCCUGUCCCUGCUUGAACCUUGCUGUGCUUCAAACACCCCCAGUAAAGUCAG